GACUCAGUCCAGGCCCGGCCGCCGCCCCGCUCGCACGCCACUAUAUCCGCCGCCUGGUUGUCGCUCGCGCGCGCCGACCACACCCGCACCGUCACCUCGUAGCGCGAACCCGCGAGUGAUACACACCACCAGUGCUUCGUCACCUUCUCUGGAAUACACAUCAGUGUGUGUCCUGCGCCGCCGCCUCCACCUCCCCAUGCCCCAGAGCGGAGGGAACACGCGACCAACAUGAAGAGGGCCAGCAGCUUGGCGCACAGCCUGGCGCCCUCGCGCAGCCCCUCCGUCAUGUCCUUCCUGUCGAGCCGGACGUCCAGGUCCACGUCGGCGACCGCGCCGGGCCCGUCCCCGGGCCAGGGGGCGACGACGGCCGCGUCCAGGAGGCCCCCGACCGUGAGCACGGGCCUGGGCCAGCGGGCCGGGCUCCGGCGGACACUCCGCAUCAGCAAGCGCCUCACCCGCCGCCGGCAGCCCCUGCCCAAGGGGCAGAAUGGAUUCGAGGAGCUGCGUCGCUACGUCAAGCAGGGCGGUGACUUCUGUAAGGACCUCACCAGCAUUCUCCAGGAAAGAUCUGAAGCUGAGCAGGUGUAUGCAAAAAGUUUGGCAAAACUCUCUGCAAAACUAUUGAAAGCGAGUAAGGAUGCAGUUGGAACAGUGGGUCAAGCUUGGCAGAGAGUGGGAACUGAAAUGGAGUGCCAAGGAGAAAUUCACAGGACAUUUUCUGUGGCUUUAAGUGAAGAGGUUGUUAAACCACUCAAACAGCUGGUUGAUUCACAACAUCGGAUAAGAAAAUCAGUGGAGUCCAGUGUAGACAAGACAGCAAAAAGUCUCUCAGAAUGGCGACAAGCAGAGGCUAAGAGUAAGAAAUCAUCAUUCAUGUGUGCCAGAGAUAAUGAAAAGUUGCAGGAUGCUAUGGUUGAGGGCCGCCAAUCAACCCGAGGCUCUUCAUUGCAUCUACACCAUGCUGUGCACAACAAAAUGUCGGAUAAAGAUGUAGCAAAGCUUGAGACAAAAAGACGGAAGGCUGAGGAUUCAGUAAAAAAAGCUGAUGUGGAAUAUUACACAUUCUGUAUACGAGCUGAAAGAGCCAGAGUUCAGACAGAUUAAAUGAACCUGUUCAAAAUUGUAAUGUGGCUGCCGACAUACAAACAGUAGUAUCCCUCAAAGGCACAGGCCAACCACCUUCAGAGCAGCUCCUGCCAGAUUUUUAUGCAGAACACGUUACUUUGGGGAUGAACAGAGACAGACGUAAACAGGCAUUAGUUAAAGUUCUCCAAUUAGUCAAACAAGACUUGGAGCGUGAGCGACGCAGUAAACAAGGUGUUGAAAAUCUAGCUAGGGCACUGCAGCAAACACCCAACUUUGGGGCUGAGGACUCACAGCAAAAUGUCACGGAAAAACUGCAUCAUAUGAGAGCUAUGCUAACUUACUUGGAAGCAGCCAGAUAUAAGGUUCAAAGUGUACUAUCUGAGCUGGAGGGAAGGCCAAACCAAUCACAUCCAUUGUCUUCACAUAUUAUAGUUCAUCGAGAUAGACAGGGUCUACAACAAAGCAUAUUAAAGGUCCCACCUUGGGUGCGUAAGGAUUCACUAGACCAGAUGAAUGGCGAGUCUCCUGAUUGGAUGGAUAGGGGAGCAGCAGAUGGCAACUCAGUGCAACCAGACAGUGACUUUGAUGAAUUUUCAAGCCAAGGUAGUGAGAAGGAUUACAAUGGUAGUUUAAUAAUAUCUGAAUGUGCAAGCACAACUCAGGCAGGGAACAACCCAAGUGGUGGCACCUGUCGAGCUCUUUACCAAUAUGCAGCAAAUCUGUAUGACGAAUUAAACCUAAAUCCAGGUGAUGUAAUAAAUAUUCAUGAUAAACAAGACGACGGAUGGUGGCUGGGAGAGCUAAAUGGCACAGUAGGAAUCUUCCCAGCAACAUAUGUGGAAGAAAUUAAGUAGUUCUCAAAACAACCAUCAUUCAAGAAAUAGCAGCAGACAUGAUUUUAUGACUGGGACAGAAUUUAGCAGCAUGUUAGCAAGAAGCAUAACACACAUCUUUCUUAAGCUCCUGCAUCUAAGAUUUCUUGUUAAUGAAAUAUCUCCUGCAAUUCUUAAUGUAAUUGAGAAUGUAGUUUUGACUAAAUGUUUGAAACUGGUAAUUCCAGAAUAAUUCAUUGUUAAGAAAUUAGAGAUAUAUAACUCAUAAGAGGUGCACACCAUCAGCAGAUUGAACUUACUGUUUUGGCAUUAGGACCAGACAUCAGUUAGACCUGUAUUUACUAAAGAUUUUUUUUUUUUCAUUCCCUUAGUGGACUCAGUUAUAAGCUUAGCCCAAGGAAAGUAAAUAGUACAUACUCUUUGUAAAUAUUAAUUUAAGUGUUCCUGUAAAUAUUUAGAUAAGAAAUAACAUAAGCACCUUA